AUGGCCCAGGGAGCAGCGGCACCUAGGCACGUCCUUGAGGCCUCAGGAGUCAACGGCAGCAGUGCAGGCUACGGCCUUGCCCCUGCAAGUCCGCUCAUCAUCAGCUACUGCCGCUUUCCCAUCCCCAUUUUCUCAGAGUCUAUGACUGUAAGGACCCAGAAACCACUCCGGACGUGGGAACUCACGUGUGAAAGGAGCUAUGACUACGUGAAUGUAUACACCUUUCUGAUAUUUGCUGGCAGGAUUGCGAUGCUUGCUGGAGAGCUGUUGAACAUAAACCUAGUCAUUGACAAUAUGCCAGGAAUUCCUGGCAGCAAGCCCUUCCAGUCCCGACUGCCUCACGGUGGUGGGUUUGCACCCCUGGACCUCGCAGGAUCCUGGAAGCUGCAGCGGCGCAGGCAGCGAGGGGUGGGGCCUGGCGGGAAGGGGCUCCCCGACGGCGGCUGUCCGCACGUGGGCGCGGGCCGACGGUUCUGCGGGGUCCCGGAGGGCCCUGCUCACUUCUGCGUCCGGCCCGACCCCGGGUUACACGGGGCCUGCGGCGAUAGGCCUGCUCCGCCCCGGACCCGCGCCCUCGGCCUUCCGCCCCGGGGCCUGGCAGCAGGCGGACCCAGUCUCGCGAGACUUCCGGUUGUCUCCUCGCCUCUCGCGAGAGCGCGCGCCCGCCGCUUCCGGCGGCGGCGCUGCCUGGCAACCGCGAUGGCGGUUGAGCGGCUCUUCUCGCUGGAGCUGCUGGUGGACUGGGUGCGCCUGGAAGCCGCGCCGCCGCCCGACCCCGCCGUGGCCUUCCGCCUGCUGGACUUCCCGCCGCUGCUGGUGCGCGCGCCCGCCAGGCCCGCCGCGCUGCCCGGCGGCGCCCUGGGCUUCGGGCGCGGCAAGGCCUGCGUGUUCCGCCUGCGCCCUGCCGCCCUGCGCCGCCCGCGGCUGCGCGCCGCGCUGCUGCAGCUGCCCGCCGCGCCCGGGCCGCCCGCGCCGCGCCUGCUGGGCGCCUGCGACGUCCCGCUGCCCGCCGCCCGCGGGCCGGGCAGCCGGGGCACCUUCGUCCUGCUGGUCCCGGCGGGCCGGCGCAUUGGGGACUUGGUGCUGUUCUGCCGCCUGACGGAGCUGGGCGGCCGCGCCCGGGACCCCGCCGACCCGGCCCCCGCCGCCCUCGGCGCCCGGGACCCCGCUGACCCGGCCCCCGCCGCCCUCGGCGCCCGGGACCCCGCUGACCCGGCCCCGGCCCGCGGCCCGCGGGACACCAUCGGCCCGGCCCUCGGCGCCCGGGACCACGCUGACCCGGUCCCCGCCGGCCGGGCCCCGGACCUCGGCCCCCAGGAUGCAGCCCCCGCCGCCCUCGACCCGGCAGCGGCGCAGGAAGGAGCCCUCAGCCCUGCCCGCGCGGGCUCCGCGGAAAACAGCAAACCUGGCCCUGCGGAGGCUGCGGACAGCAGCGUCAGCACCGUUAGCACCUCCAGCGUGGAAGACGCCGAGCUGGACCUGGAAAUCAACACCUUUUGCCCUCCUCCUCUGUAUUACACUCACUUGACCCAAGAAAGGAGGCUUCCUGCUGGCGUCAAAAUCACCAUUGAGCCCCAAAGGGACGAACCCGAGGAGCUGGGUGAUGCCUUGCCGGAAAAAGUACUUGUAAACCCUCCAACACAUCUGAGCCCUCCAAAAGGUACAGAUUCUGCAACACAGGAGACUCCUGCGGUGCUUUUGAGUCCACCAGGGAGUCAGGAUGUAGGAGCCGUUAAUGAAUCUACAUGUUGCCCUCAAACUGAGCAAAAUACAAUCAAUACAAUAAGGCAGCUUCCUUUGCUGAAUGCUUUGUUAAUUGAGCUGUCCUUGUUAUACAACCAACCCGUGGCGAGUCCAACUCAUGUGCAUCCCCACUUAGCCUGGUUGUAUAGAACGGAGGAUAAGAAGGUACCAGAAUCUUGUGCCAAAUCCACGUCUGAAUCUAAGAAGGAUAAGUUUUCAGUGGGGGACCAUGAAAAGUCAGUGAGCCUUCAGUGUAAAAAGAACCAAGUUGAAAACCUUAAGAAAGGUAAAUAUUUUGAGAACAGUGGCGACUGCCAAAAAAGGGUGACUAGGGGACGUCUACUUUAUGGCUUAACAAAUACACUCAGACUCCGUUUAAAGCAGACAAAUCCUGACAUGUUGGUAGUGCAUGAAAAGAGAGAAGAGUACAGAAAAAUGCAAGCACAAACGUGGGGUACAAGUACAAAAUUCAGAAUUCCAUCCUCUAAAGUUAAAGUAUUAAGCUUUGCAGAACAAAGUCAGAAGCCACAUCAGCUGCCUAGCGAUAAGUAUUUAGAUUCAGAUGCAUCUUCUGCUGAAAAUGGUGAUACCUCAAGGCAAAUUAGUGAAGUCUUUGAUGAGCCCAGCACAACUAAAGAAACUAAACUGAAAUGUACAGCUGAAAGAAAGACAACUGAUUGUGCUGAAAACAGAACCGGCAGUGGCUCACUGGGAAGAAUUAUGAGUCCUGCAGAGUCCAUUAUUCCAGAAAGAUUGACUCCUGCAAAUAUUUUGGAAGGAAAACUGGAAACCAGAGUCCAAAACCCAUGUGUUUUCCAGGAGGAUGCUGUUGCUGACAGAAUUGUAAAUAAAGAAAUAGAUGAUUGGCAGGUCAGAACCACAGAUAUUGAUGUUCCUGCUGAAAUGAGUGAAAAUAGUUGCCACGAAAGCAUCUCAGAACUGAAGUAUUCAGAUGAUUUCACCAGCCCUUGCUAUUCAGAAGAAUUCACCACUGAGGAGAACAGCAAGAGUUUGCAAACUCAUGAUAGCAGUCCAAGGGCAGAAAUUUCACAUAACAGUAAGUCUAGUGGAGCAAGACCACCCUCAAGGAAAAGUAGCAGUGAAAAGAGUUCUGUUCUUAGCCCACCCUUUUCAGCUGGAUCACCAGUACUCUCACAAAAGAGAAGGCAUCUUUCAAAGACUCGGGAUAAAAGCGUGGAGAAGGCAUCUAGUAACUCCACCAGUAAUUUAUCUUCAUCCCACCGGACUGAGGAAAAAGAAAGCCAGAUAGACCAAGUUAGUAGACAUAACUCUAAGGGUAAAAAACAAGGUCAAGACUUCCCUAUGAAACUUAAAGCAGAAACUGGUUGCGAAUGGUCAGAAAAAAGCCCAUCGCCGCGGACAUCUCAAGUGAGUUCUUACCUGCCCUCUAAUUUGUCAGAACUGGAAUUCAACGUUCUGGAUGGCAGUACAUCAGAUCACUUUGAAGAAGAGGAUGACAUUGGUUCACUAAGAAUUUCAAAGCAAUACAAAGAUAUCUGUGAGUUAGUAAUAAACAAACUUCCAGGAUAUACGGUGUAAAAAUGUGCUUUAAAAAAAUUUAUGUGUACUGUUAAAAAUUUUAAUUACAUUAUUUUAGUGCAUAAAUUACGUGAAGUUUUUAAUAAGAAAAGUAAAUAUCAUACUUUUAUGCUUAACUAGUAUUCUACCUUAAAUCUGAUAAUAUUGAUCAUGAGAGUGCCUCAUAACUUAGUAAGAUCUCUUUAUGAGUUAUUUAAAAAUAAAAGUGUAUCUAAACUUUUAAAAUCUGGAAAUUUCUAAAGCUGACUUCAAUGAGAAAAAGGUUAGUUAAUAAGGAUAGCUACAAAUUUUAGUGGGAAUAAGUUAUUUAACAAAUAUAUAAGACAUUUUGUGAGAUGCAGAAAGAUAAAAAAAAUUUAAAAUAUAGUUCCUGCUCUUAAAAGAGCUUACAGUAUAUGUGUGUGUAUGUGUGUGUGUACAAUGUAUGUGUAUUUACACAUAUCUACACACAAUAUCAGAGGUACACAUCCUGGGAUCCACAAUAGAUGGAGUCCCUUUUAUAGUGUUCUGUAUCUUUAUUUAACCACAAUCUGUAUGAUUGCUUGAUUAAUGUUUUCUCCCACUAGUCUGAAGUGUUCUGAUGAGAAGGACCCUAUUUUUAGCACCCAGCACUGUCCUUGGCAUGUCAUUGGGAUGCACUAAAAACAUUUGUUGAAUAAAUGAAUGCUAGCAUUUAAAAUACCUUAUGAGAAGUUAUAGAAUUAAGUAGUAAUAACGAGCAGAAACCCUGAAAAGAAACCUGUGAAAACCCUUAUCAAGACAUGUUUGACUAAUAUUUUUGUUUUGCUGCUGCAUGUGAACAAUCUUUAGGUGUUCUCUGAAGCAUCUGGAGAGGGGAAUUUAAAAAAAAAAUUGUCUUCCUGUGUGGUUUCUUAAAUAGGAGUUCAGUUUAUUGCUUGUCAGUUCAGGUUCAGUGGUUAUUUUUAAUGUGUGAAAACUUGUUUUCAAGUCUAGUGAUAAUUUAUAAUUUCUUCCAUUUAUUUUAUAUUUUGACUUUAUUCUGUGUUCAGAUAUCUGCAUAUAUUUUCUUCUGAGCUCUAAUUUUUUGACUUUGAAUAUGUGAAGAUCCUAAUUUUCCUUUAUUUAUAAGUAAUUAAUUAUAUGGUAUGAUCUCCUGAAUGAUCAUAAUAGUAGGUGAGAUUUAGAGAGAUGGUAAGAAGAGAAGAGGGUGUUCUGUGUGGUGGACCAGCAUGCAUAAAGGAUGAUGAACAUCAGCAUGAGAUUCAUGGGAGAUGAAGAAUUUUACCUUGAUUUGAAUAAUAGGUUCUGCUACACAGUGAUAGUUGCGUAAUCCCUUUUACUUUGCACACUAAGGUUCCCAGCACCAGAGUAAAUUCCCAAAGGCAGGAAUUGGGCUUUUAAUUAUUUUGAGUCUUCCUUCAUCUAUAGUUUUAGCCAUGGCUAAUCAUCAGCCAGACUUAUUGAUGGCUUGGUGAGAUUUCUAAACUCUUUGUCCCCAGUCAUCCAGUUUAAUAGGUGAGUCUAAUAGUGAUCCUUAUUUGUUCUAACUUGGAUAUAAUGCGUGGAGAGUUGUACAGAAUGACAGUACAUGAACCAAGAUUUGUAGAAUUUUCCUUUUCUCAUUUUUAACCUACAUUAAAAAAAAAAAAAAAAAAAAAAAAAAACUGACUU